GACAGUAUGGAGGCUCUUAUUUAUUCAUAUUCCAGACUCGCCCCCACUUUGCGUCAUGUGCCAAGCCUGAUCCAGCACGUUUGUGUUCUAAAGAUGUAGAGCACACCAGCGUCUGUGCCUGUGGUUUUGUCACGAACAGGAAUGCGCCGGCCUCAAGUCACUGUUUCCACCUGAAUUUCUGGCGUGUCCACACUGCAGGGAAAGGGAUGCAGAACGGAACCUUGUGGGCUUUUUGCUCAUUGGCGUGGCUGCCUGGGGCAAGGGCCUCGGUGUGGUGUCUAGCAUUCACAUCAUUGGAGGAGUCAUUGCUGUGGGAGUCUUCCUUCUCCUCAUCGCGGUGGCAGGACUGGUGGGCGCCGCGAACCACCAUCAAGUGCUGCUCUUCUUUUAUAUGAUCAUCCUAGGUUUGGUCUUCAUCUUCCAGUUUGGAAUCUCUUGCUCAUGUCUGGCUAUUAACAGAAACACACAGGCAGAUGUCAUCAAUGCUUCGUGGUCGGUCUUGAGCAACAGUACCCGGCAUGAACUGGAGAGAAGUUUUGACUGCUGUGGCUUGUUCAACCUUACAACCCUGCGCCUACAAGAUGAUACUUCCUGUAGUGCGGUGUGCAAAACUAAGAGCUCUACAUGCCAGAUGUGUGGGGAGAGGUUCCUUAAACAUUCAGACAAAGCCCUCAAGAUCCUAGGAGGUGUUGGGCUCUUCUUUAGUUUCACAGAGAUCCUUGGUGUUUGGCUAGCAAUGAGAUUCCGGAAUCAAAAGGACCCUCGAGCCAACCCCAGUGCCUUCCUAUGAGACUUUUGACCUCCCAGAUAGCAUCUCUGCAGCCUAGGCUGUUUCUAGCUAGCUCUGUAUCCAAGGAAGACCUUGAAUUCCAGACCCUCCUGCCUCAGCCUCCUGCUGGCAUCACCACACUCAGCCAGCCCCUGGAUCCUUCUGACUUGGCUUUGCCAUUUUUUUGUUUUUUGAGACAGGGUUUCUCUGUAUGGCCCUGGCUGUCCUGGAACUGUGUAAACUAGGCUGGCCUCAAACUCAGAAAUCCACCUGCCUCUGCCUCCCAAGUGCUGGGAUUAAAGGCGUACACCACCACUGCCUGGCCUUGCCAUCUUUACAAACACCUAGGGGUGGCCCUAUGGUUUUGUUUUAGAGAAAAGAGGUCCCUUACCUCACCCCCAAGAACUGGUGGUUGGACUUAUGUCUGUUUUGAUGGGAACACGAUUAUGGAUGAGGGGAGGUAGGCCUCGGGCCCUAGGAGGGUAACUGCACCCCCCCCCCAAGACCCUUGGCUUCAAGGACAGAGUCAGAACACCAAGAGAAAACCAGUUAUAACCCAGGGCCUCACAAGUGCUCGGCAAGCAUUUCUACCAAUCAGUUGUCAUUCCCAGCCCCACCUACAGUCUCAUCAAAGCAGGACCAGUGAACUUAGAAACUAAAGCCAUUUUGACCGAAUAUUCAAAGAAAGCAUUUCUCUCUGAUCUUGCCAGCCAAAGAGCUGGACUGCCUGCCUAGGUCCUUGCAGGGAACUUGUUUUCGUGUUUUUUUUUUGUUUGUUUGUUUUGUUUUCCCCAAGUCUCCCAGUGGCAAAGCCAAUUGGAAAAAACAUUAAAGAAAAAUAAAGACCAUA